AUGCGUCCGUUAACGGAGGAAGAGACAAAAAAGCUGUUUGACAAGCUUGCACAAUACAUUGGACCGAACACUGCCCACCUGCUUCAGCAGAAGGGAACCAAAUCGGCUGGUGUUGCUCCUUUCAACAAUGGCAAGACCACCGGCAAUAAUGGGAGCAACGAUGAUGAUGAUGGUGAUGACGGCGAAGAACAAAACUCGCAGCAGACUUAUGUCUUCCGUUUGCACAAGAACCGUAUUUGGUACAUGCCACUGAGGCUGGCCAAACUCGCAAGUUGCGUGGCGAAGUCCAACUUAAUGGGAAUUGGUGUUCUCUUCGCUAAGGUCACGCACCACGGUCAUGUGCGACUGCAGGUAACGGCGUUAGAAUAUAUUGCACAGUACUCUCUCUUUAAAGUGUGGUUGAAACCAAGUCAAGAGCAGAAGUUUCUGUAUGGUGGCCACGUCACGCGUGCCGGUUUGGGUCGUAUUACAGAAGCAACACCGCGACAUCAAAAAGUGGCUGUCUUUUCUAUGGGCGAUGUACCCCUCGGUUUUGGUGUGGCAGCGCUUGGGACGUUGGAGUGCAGGCGGUGUGAGAUGAACAGCACCGUAUUAUUUCAUGAAGCUGAUGUUGGCGAGUACUUGCGUAACGAGGCACGCUUGACGUAG